AUCAGUAUCAGUUUAGUUUCGGCAGCCUCUUCAUCUGCUACCAUUUGGGGAUCGAUAUCACACCAGUGUUAGUAGCCGCUGUUCUGCUUACGAUUUAAAAAUGAUGGCAGAGAUGAUCAAUCCGACAAAAAUCUCGUUGUCGAGCUCAAUGAUCACGCCUGUUCUUAGCAGUGCGGUGAUCAGCAUCAUCAUCGCAAUGGUGUUCCGCGGUCUACGACGUCGCCUUCUUCUCCCUCCUGGCCCAUGGUUCUUCCAGAUCAGGAUGGCAUACUACAUGUUGACGAUGACAUUCCCGUCGCGAGUGGAGAACAUCUUCGAGAAGCUGGCGAUGAAGUACGGGAAGAUGUUUAGUUUUAGUUUCGGAUCCGACAUCAAUGUCAUCAUCAGUGAUCCCGAGAUCAUCCGGGAAGCCUUCGUCAGGAAUAGAGCAGUUUGCAGUGAUCGUCAGGUUAUGGCAGCGUACAAGAUGAUAUAUGGAGGAGAUUACAAUCAUCGUAUCUUACUUGCAAAUGGCCCUCUUUGGAAAACAGCCAGACGGGUGGUAUCUCCUUGCCUCAGGAACAUCGGCACAUGGGGCCAACAGAUGGAGUCAAUCAUCAUUCAUGAAGCAGACUCCUUGUUGGGCAAGCUUGGUGAGCAAACCUCAAAGUCAUUCGAUCCUCGUCAUCACAUCAACAGAGCCGUAGCCAACAUCAUCCAGACCAUGGUGCACGGCUACAGUCUCGAUCUCGACGACCCAAAACUUCAGCAGAUGAUAGAUUCCUUCCAGGUAACCACGUCGCAUCCAGUCGUCGGCCGGAACUCCUUACGGUAUUUCCCAUUCUUCUAUUACAUGCCAAGGUUACGCCCUCUACGGCAGGCUAUGCAGUUCUUGAAGACCACGCUAUCAACAGCCGUAUAUUCACAGGCGAUUGCGUACGACCAUAACAACAUCAACACAAUUGUAAAGCGUAUUAUGCAGGCUGCAGAACAGGAUGAGAGUACGGGAGAGGACAGGUUGAAGACCAGAGAGGUUUGGAGAUUGGUCUUUGAUCUCAUGCUUGCGGGGACAGACACCACAGCAAAUACUCUUCAGUGGGCUGUUCUUAUCAUGGCGCACUACCCAGAGAUUCAAAAGAAGGUUCAUGAAGAGAUCGACCGCGUUUUGGAUGAAAGGAGACCACGUUUGCAAGACAAGAAAUCAAUGCCUUACAUCCAAGCAACUAUCAUGGAAAUAUUACGCAUCCGUCCAGUUGUACCACUGGCCAUACCACACGUUACAUCAGAAGAGAUUGUAUUGAGAGGGUGCACCAUCCCUAAGGGUGCCAUUCUAACGCCGAACAUCUGGUCAUGUCAUCACAGUGCCGAGUUUUGGGAUAACCCGGAAGUGUUUAACCCUGAUAGGUUCCUGAGAAAUGACAUGAAGUCACUUGUUGAUGAGCCUCUUGCGUACAUGCCAUUUAGCUGCGGCUCUCGGAAAUGUCUUGGAGAUCAACUGGCAAAAAACGAACUGUUCCUCAUCUUCGCCAAGAUCAUGCAGAAAUUCAACAUCGACUUUGAGCCCGGAGAUCGUCCAGAAUCGCUCGAUGAGGGGUUCGACAAAGGAGUGAUAUUACGACCGAAUGCCAUGAAAGUUCGAUUACUGUCUCGUGCUAUUUACCGGCAUGAAGAAUGAAAAUUGUUGAAAACAGAAUAAAAUUUGUCAGUAUGUUCAAGGAAUAUAGGGCCCCUUUAUUUCUAUCUCACCAAAGAAUUAUUUUUAAAAGUUAAUAAAUUCAAUUUCAAAUAAACUAGAAACAAUAAAUUUGAUUAUGCCGAUGUAGGCCUUCAUAGCAUGUCGCUGUCUUUAAACCAUAAAAUGCCUAAUAUAUCCUUCUUGGACGCGUGUAUUGCAUUUUAUGCCUGUAAUAAAACAGAAAUCGAUAUUCAAGAUUUUGUCUAAGAAUAAUUGCUGAUCAUUUUUUUCCCAGUGGCGAAGCAAAUUUAAUAUUAAUUUCAUUUCUCAUCAAAUUUGUCUAAAUUUCAGUAUCUCGAGUAUCCACUAUUUAAUUCUUUUUUUCUGUUCUGUUUUUUCCUCCAAUCAAAUGUAUAAUUUCCCAAAAGGAAUUUAAAGAUAAUAAUCAAAUUUUGGUUUCUGUGGAUCAAUACCAAUUCCUACGUACUUUCUUCACUCGGUUUCGUUUCGGGAAAACGGCUCAAAUUCUCAGAAAUAACUCUCUCCAAUUAACGUUUGCUUAUUAUUUUAACUUAUUUUAUAUCGUCAUUAAUUCUAGACCCUGUAAAAAAAAUUGUGAUAUCUCUGCUCUUCUAUCAAACAUAAUCAACUGUGAUUCGAAGGGUAAAUUGCCAAUUCGUCCACUGCUAACUCGCCCACUCACCAAAUGGUCUACCUUCAUUUAGUCUAAUGACAUCCGUCCGUCCAUCAACAUUUCGUCUAACAACCAUUUAGUCCAAUAAACAUUUGGUCCAAUCAUCACUUCGUCUAAUCACCAGAUCGUCUAUUACCAUUUCGUCUAAUAGCCAGUUGGUCUAAUACCCAUUUUCUUUUCAUUCAUUUUGCACAGUUAACACUUUAGUUAGACCACAUGGUAUAUGGGCUAAAUGGCUAUUGGACCAACUGGUUAUUAGACGGAAUGGCAUUAGACUAAAUGAAAAUAGACCCUGUGGUGAGUGGACGAACUGAUGGUAGAUCAAAUGAAAGUAGACGAGUUGGCAAUUGGACGAAUUGGAUAUAAACCAUUCGGAGUACAUAACAAACCGUGUAGAAAAGGCUGCAAUCGAUUGUAAGUGUUCCGUUUUUGUUUUUUUGUUGUUGCUGAUUUUACUUUUACAGGGACCCAAAGUGGUACAUUUUUUCCUUUAUAUGUAUAUGAAAUGUCUUUUUGUAUAUUUUCUUGAAAAAGUGUUUUACCAUUAUUAUAUUAUCAUCGCAUCGUAUUAAUAACUACUAUAACUUUUAUAUCAUAAUCACCAUCAUCCUCAUCAUCGAUAUAAUAUAAUUAUCAUAUCUUUCAUGAUCAUGAUUGUUUUUUAUUACAUUAUUAUCAGGAUUUAUCUCUAUCGAUUACUAUCAUAUUCAACAUUUUACUUUAUUUCCUCAUGCACUUCAUGCAAGAGGAUAAUUUGAAUAUAAAUACCGAUCUUCAUCAGAAAUUAGUCAAUGCCGAUUUCAGUUCUUAACAUUUUGCUAUUAAUGUUUUUCAUGGCCCUGGGAAGCGGGGGUGCUGGGGAUGCUGAAGCACCCCCAAGAUUUGUCGGGGGGGGGGGGCGAUGCUGCUUUUUCUGACCAAAAUCCGACCAUUGUAUUUUUUUCAUUCCAAACCAGCACCCCCUAUUAACAAAGUCCGUUCCCAGGGGUCUGAUGUUUUAGAGUUAUCUUAGAUGUAACUACUGUAUUUUGAGAUCUUGUGUCCUGAAUUGUCUGAACAAAGUACUCAACUAUAUUUUAUGUAUCCUCAUCAUAAUUUGAUUUUUUUUCCUGUAAGUAUCGAAAGAAUGAAGAAUACUUGUGAACGCUUCAUUAUAUAUUGAUAUUACUUGACACAACGCACCUUUAACAUAUAGCUUUUUAAAAAAUUAAUAAAAGCGAAAAGUAAUUUCUUUAUCAAAAUGUUCACAGUGCAUCUAUUUGAAAUUUUCAAACAAAGUAAAUUGAAGUUAGAUCCAUUUUGGUGUCAUGAAUAAUAUUUUAUUCACACAUAAGUAACAAUCAAAUAUAAAUCCAAGCACAUUAUACCACACAUUUAAAAUACAUCGAAACAAAUAAAUUCGAUCCGCGUGCUCGUGAUGUGAAUGGACAGGCUAUAUAGAGCAGCAAAUAAAAAUAAUCUACAACCUUUUUUCGAGAUUUACAUUGGUUAAGAAGCGACAGCGCAAUAUUAAUAUAUAACUGUAUCAACUAUGAUAACGCUUUAGUUGCCCGUAUCCCACUGAUUUUGAUUUUAUCAAAGAAAACAGGCAAAUAUUUUCUCCCAGGCCUGUCCAUUCUAGAAAGAGAUCUCUCCGAGCGAUGGAAGAUAUUAUGCCCCUCUUAAACAUCUUUGGUAGAUUCACAUGCAAGAACGGUGAUGUGCUAUAUUUUAACAUUUUAAAUAUAAUUUGAAUAAAACGACACAGGGCAGACGCACUUAUAUGCAUGGAUCCACUUUCUGGGUUAUGUUAAAGCACCAUUAAAGCAGCAGAAUAUCGUUUUCAAAAUGACACAAUUUUCGAUAUAUACGUUUCACAUUAAAAAAUAUAUAAAAAAAGGGCAAUGGCCUUCGCAUUUUGU